AUGUGUACAUCUCUAAUUGUUUUUAAAUGGUGAAUUAAUUUGUUUGUGCAUUGCAACAAAUUUUGCAGAAAAUAACGUAAAAAAUGGAUUCCGGACCUGAUGAAGAGACACCACAAAUACACAAUGAUCUCAAUGAGCCAAGAAUACGACGAAAGCGUCGUCAUACGGAAGACGUUGAACAAAAGAACACCGACACUGCUUCCAUUGGGAAUAAUGGGGCCGUGGCGGACUAUAUACCCGCACCAAAGUUGCGCGGUGUUGAUGAAUCCAAUAAAGUUUGCCUCACAGACUUUCCGGAUGAGCUGCUUUACGAAAUAUUUAAGAAUUUAGAUUCUUGGUCGUAUUACGUUCUUAUGAACUGCUGUAAUCGUUUCUAUACAUUAUUAAUGGAUCGACGAUUUUGGCAACACAUUGAUCUCAGUCAAAAGUUAUUGCCGUUAGGCAUACUUGAAUAUGUGAUGGAUCGCACACAUCAAGGAACAACUAGUAUAAAAUUGCGUGGUCCAUCUAGACAAUAUACAAGUGCGGAAAUAUUGAAGUUUAACAAAUCGUUGGCGGACACCUUCGCUUUGCGUAGCACACAAUUAAGUGUUUUGGAAUUGCGCGGUGUUACAGUAGAUCUUAGAAAUGUACGCAUUGUGCACUUUCCGAAAAGUUUAAAACGUUUAGUUUUUAGAGAUUGCAAUAUCUGUAAGCCACCAGAAGAACAAACAAUUUUUUCCGGUAUUCACACACAUUUAGUGAAUUUGGAGGAACUUGGUAUUGAGUUCUGCAGUUGGUUUGAACCUUAUUAUGUCAUGAUGAUAUCCAAAAUACCUUCACUGCGUUGGCUGAGUCUUAAAGGUUGUCCGCGCCUAGGCGAUUUUAUACCAUAUGGUAGCAUGGCGGCGCGCUUUGGUUUUAAAAAAUUAGAAUAUUUGGAUUUGCGUUUUACACCGAUAACCGAUUCAGAUGUUCAAUGUUUCAAUGUGGUAUUAACGCUAAAAGAGUUACUACUUGAGUGCCCUUUGAAUAUGCGUGCCAACGAUUCAAAUGCUAGCUUAACAAGCAAAGCUAAAAAUAAGGAAACCGUUAGUAAAGACAGUCAACCGUCCACAUCAAAGGCAUCGGCGGCACGCGAAGAUAGUAACUCGCCUACUAAUAGCAUAACGCUGGAGGCGAAUUUAAAUACAACCGGUGAAAGUGAACGUGAGGAUACAGCCGGUGAACAACCGUCUAGUUCUAGCCCCCAACCAUCAACAUCCUCUUCGUCUUCUACAUCAUCGUCAUCGUCGCCUUCAUCUGCAAUGAAUUCACCCUUCGCAUCACCUUCCCGCCUAGCAUUGGAUAAUCCAACGGACAACAACGCACCCGAACCGGCCGGCAAUGUACCGUCACGCAGCCGAUUUUUACCACGCCCAGAUCAGGUUAUAUUCUUGGAUUUUGUAAAUCGCCGUCCCAGUAUACGGCAUGUACGUCCACCGCCAAACGUAGAUAAUCACUUCGAUCAAAUGAUACAACAUCCACUGUUUUGGAAUAUAAUCAAUCCAAUGGGUGGCCUUGAAACCAAUCGUACGAGCUCUUCGUCAGUGCCCCAUUUCAGCCAUCAUCCAUGCUGUCGCCAAUAUCCCAUUUCGGAUCGUGGUAUUUGCUGCUUUGGUCGGCCGCAAAAUCCAGUUGAGCCGGGUGUAAUUUGGAUACGCAUCGGCAAUCGGCCGAGUGAGAAUAGUUUUGUUCGACUUAGUGUACGAAACUAUAAAAAAGUCACCGACAUUUCACUGCAUCAUCUCGUACAAUGCUCACCGGAGCUCAUCUAUCUGGAUCUCAGCGGUACCAGUGUGACGCGUGAGGGCGUAAAACGCUUUAAAGCCGGUAAACCUGAAUGUCAAAUCAUAGCCGAUCAUCUGAUUGAGACGAACGAACCGGACAUACCGAACAACAAUCCGACACUAGAUUAAUUCUAAAGUACGUUUCUAAACACACACGGUGCUCUGUAAUAAUUAUGCGAAACGAAUAUGCACAGACAAGAAUUUAUAUAUAAAUACAUACAUAAGUAUAUGUAUCUCCCUCUCUCUCUCUCAUAAUUUAAAAGUACGCAGACAUAACUUGUUGACAUAAAUUUUAUUCAGAAAUAUUAUUUUAAAAGUAUAGUAUAUACAUACAUAUAAUAUGCAUAUGCAGCAGAGAGAUGUAGUUUUGACAGUGUUUAAAAUGAUAAGUGAUAAUGAUAAUUGAAUAAAUAUAGGAAAUAAUAAGCUUA